GAGAAAAGCUGGGCAGUAAAUACAUUUAUUCAUUACUUUACAUGUACUUAUGUCAGAUUUUGAACUCUCCUGAGCGUUAGAGUAUGAGUUUGGAGAGUAAUGCGCCCCCCCCAACAUUUUAUUCAUUAAUUUUUUCGUGUUCAUAUUGGUGCACCUGUACUGCUGGUGAUUGGGCACACCUCUGAUAUUUGAGCUUUAGUAUUUAUUAGACCAAGAGUAUCGAAAAGUAGGCGCAGGCUAACUUCAGUUCCCGUGCUGUUAGAAGAGAAGUCGUUAUUUUCCCCUUUUAACGUACGUUUGCUUCUAUUUGAGCCAUUUUAGCGAAGUAAUAGUUCACUUGAUUAUGGGUUUGGACUCUAUAGAGUGUAAAUAUCUACGUCUGUAGAUGAAUAGUUGUAUUGGGUAAUGUUUAUUUUAUUCAGUCAGUAAUAAUACAUUUUAGAAAAGUAUUAAAAACAGGCGAACUUGUGGACUCGUUGCUCUGGAGGGAGAGUCGCUAUGGCAACAGUGAAGUCCGUCAACAAACAUGGCAGGCGUGAGUCUGGUUCCUCAGAAGGUGCGCUGGCUGCAGAGGGCAGAUGAUAUAUUUCAGGCUGCGGUGUGUGGAGAUCAGGAAUGGCUCCGGUUCAGCCUAAAGAGAGCACAGUCACCCUCACAGCCAAACAAACAGGGUCUCACUGUGCUCCAUGUGUCUGCUCAGCAUGGUCGGCUGGACUGCAUGAAGCUGCUUGUGGAUUCUCAUUGUGUGGAUGUGAAUGCCAGUUGUCCGCGUGGGCGAAGACCCCUGCACAUGCUGAAGGCCUGAGAGAGUGUGUGGAAUCGCUGGUUGAGGUUGGAGCAGACACACACGCAUGUGACAGCAGAGGACACACACCCCUGGACCUUGCUCGCAUCUGGGGUCAUAGGGUUGUUGCCAGGUUUCUGAAGAAUGCCAUGUGGCAGAGGGAUAAAAAGGAAGACAUGGAGAGACAAAAAGCACUGCAGAAUCUCAGACAGGAUCUCAUCAGGAUGUACCGGAGUGUAGAGGCCAAGGAGAAGGUGGCCAGAGAGGCUAUAAAUGAGCAGAAAGUGUCUGAGUGGGCUGAGAAGAAAGGGCUUCCUUUACUUCCUUUUACGACUCCUGUGAGGGGCACAUGGACAUUAAGCCAUGGCUCCUGCUUAUCUAGUGAGCCUCUGAAAACAAAAAGCAAAAAGAAACACAACUCAAGUGCACAAAGAGAAGCAUGGAACAUCUCUCCUAAUCCAUCCAAACCUCCUCCAGCUAGCACCAGUCGGCCACAGGAGGUGCGAAUGGGAAUCCAUCCAGAGGAAGCACCACCAGAGCCAGAUCUGCAUCAAAGGAUGACGCUGAGGUGUAAUGAGGAUGGCCACAUCCACUACACUACCUCAUGGGACAAGGUUCCACAGCCAGUUCCUGCCUUGCCACUGGACGUCAUUAAGAAGGGCCUGUUUCCGUCCGCUUUCCUCUCCCGAAUCACUUCUCCACUGCAAUUCCAUGCAAGCAGUGUGCUGGACCUGCCACAUCAAGGUUGCACCACACGACCAGGAGCUUCACCAUGGACUGAAGUGGCAAUGCACCUGGCAGAAGAGCUGGAGCAGGGCCAUUACUAAAUGGUAAAUGACUAGUUACCAAGCCUGGAGUCCCCUGCACAGCAUAUUUUAGUGUUUUCUCUCAUCCAGCACACACUUCAAGAUUUUGUUCAUUAAUCAAUCAAUGUCCUGUUUCCACAAGUUCUUUCCUAGCUUUACCAAAUGCAAAAAUCUCAUUGAACUUCAUUAUGAUAAUAAAUAUACUAAACUACACAAAGUGGUUUAAUCACUGGAGUUUGCAGUAGCCAUAAGGCAGCAUGAGAAAACUAAAUGCCUAAAUGUAGCACUUUUGCUAAAAACUUGUAGUGCACUUGAAUUUCUCAUCUUCUUUACUUUGCGUUUUUGCAAGUGCUUUUGGAAGCUUGUCCAGUCUAACAGUAUCUACAAAAGAAUGCAUAUGUGGGUAGAGCAUGGAUAGGUUAGUUAAUUAGCUGGAUCAGCUGUUCUAGAGCAGUGAAAACAAAGAUAAGGCAAAUAAUAUGGCAAGGGAUACUCCAUCACCAGGAUAGGUAACCAGUUCUGGUUAAGUCUGAGGACGCAACUCUAUAAUCAUAUUCAGCCAUUUAGAUACACUACAUGUCCAGAAGUAUCCAGACACCCCUUCUUAAUAGUGAAGUCAGCUUCUUUAAGGGGCACCCAUUGCUGACACAGGUGUUCGCUUGCACAUAUACAGCUGUACAUAUUCUCUGUAGAAAAGCAAUGCCAAUAGAAUGAGAGCCUGGAGCAGCUGCCCAUGAGUCUAAGGUCACCAUGUCCAAAGCCAAUCAUUGGCUAAAGGGGUAUAAAGCCCUCUAGCCUUGGACUGUGAAGAAGUAGAACUGCAUUCACUGGCGUGAUGAACCAUCCAAUACAUUUGCCAUGAGUAGGAGUAACUGUUAUGAUCCAGAACUAAUGUUCCAGCAUCAGUGUCUGACCUCACUAAUGCUGUUGUAGCUGAAUGCAAUCAUUACCAGCAUCUACUUUAAAGUCUUCCCAGAAAAGUAGAGGUUGUUACUGCAGCAAAGCAGGGACAAACAUCCUAUUAAUAUACUUGAUUUCGGAUGAAACACUGAGUAAACAAUGUCUACAUAGUUGUUACCAAAAUAACUCCAAGGCUUACAAUAGAACAGUAUGUGAUUUGCAUGUUUAUAGAUAUUAAAAAGGACUUUAUUGCCUUAUUUUUUAUUAAAUGUCCCUUUUCUGACUAGCUUCUGACUGAGCUUAUAUGCUGACAAAGAUACACAUUUACUCCUGAGAAGCUUUAGGUCUCUGGCUAAACCACGUUUUGUAUAUAGAAAACCACAGAAGCGGUUUCCUUGGACCAGAAAAACCCUGUCUAUUUGACAUUUGUAAAAAGCUUGAAACUGCAUAAAAUUUUAAACCAUGCUAAAAGUGUUGAUGAAUGCUGCCUAAUGAGUACAAACAGAACAACACUGCUGACCAGGCCACCUCUACAGAUCAGUGAAGUAUGAAGAAAAGUUAAAAAAAAAAAAGAAAAAAAAAAAAGCAGACUUUCCCCCUUGAGGAGACUACGUUUGAGUUACAGCUGUGACGUGUGGUUGGCUGUCAGGGACACGACUACAGUGACCUAGGUCACUGCACACGUAACAGUCCCACUGUUGUUGUCAGGUCUCUCCAGAGGAUCCCUUGCGUCUGCUCUUACUGUGAAGAAAAUGUAGCAUUUUUACUCUGAUCUUAGACCAGCUGCAACUAUCUCAACACUGCUCUUAUUCUUCAUAAGAACCCAUGCAGGAACUGAUUUCAGCUCAGCCACAGUGGCUGUAUUACCAAAACAUUCUCUCUUGCUCCCCUAAGUGGCAUAUUCCCCAGGUGAGAGCUUGCUAAAGUGAGUGUAUGUGUAAGAGUCUUGAGGCAGAUUGUGCUGACCUCCCAGCAACCUCACACUUCCACUUAUGACCUGCAGGUGCCCCUCAUAUAAAGGGCAAGCAAUCACAGACAAAUGUGAGAGGGUUUCAUACCUCAAAUGAAUAAAAAAAAUUAGAAAUGGAUAUUCUCAAUUUGUGGAAACUGGAUAUGGCUUUUCAGCACAAAGAAUAGAACAGUUAACUGCCAUUUUAUUAGAAAUUCUUCACUUUAUCUGCUUCUGUGAAAAACAUCCAAAGAGAGAGCACUGUGGUCAAUUUCAUUUUACUUUCAAAAUAAGUAUCACUCAACUGGCUCCCAACUUAUGAAGGACAAGAUGAAAGUGACCACAUCAUUGCUUACAUCUGCACCCAUAUGUAUUAAGCAUCUCUGAGAACAAGAGUCUUCUAAAUUAAAAAGUACAUAGGGAUGCUUACUCUGAGAUGUUUUACACAUAUACAAAAGUUUGAAUACCCCAGAUCACAUUACAUGUAUAGUCUAUUUUCUAAG